GAGUAUGUUUGUGAAUCCAAAGUGAAGGAGGGAAUGGCAUCUUUACGACGGAAUGUCGUUGAUUGCGUGAAAAGACGGCUCUUAUCUUCAAGAUGGAACCAGAUGAGGAAAGUAACUACUUGGUCUCCUCUGGGGGCCGCUUUCAACGCCAAGACCAAUCGAAAAUUUGCCAGGUUCGGCAAGAAUGUUGGACUCUUUGGAAUGCCUGAACUAACCAGACCAGAGGGUUUUCUAGAAGCACAGGAGAAGUCUUUGGCUGAAGUCAAAGACCUUUUAAAUGAGGUCAUCCACACCCAACCCUGCCCAGAGGUCGUUGUACUCUUUGAUAAACUCUCAGAUGCACUGUGUAGAGUGGCUGAUCUAUCUGAUUUUGUUAGGAUUGCCCACCCAGAUGAGAAGUUCCGCAAAGCUGCUGAGAAUGCGUGUAUGGCCGUCAGUGCAACAGUAGAGGUGUUGAACACAAACGUGGAGCUGCACCGAUCAUUACGACGUCUUCUUGAUGAUCAGGCUGUGAUGUCAUCGAUGGAUGAAGAAUCCCAGAGGGUUGCUCAACUCUUUAUGUUUGACUUUGAGCAGAGUGGAAUACACCUUGAAGAAAGCACUAGGAGAAAGUUUGUGAGUUUGAACGAGGAGCUUCUAAUGCUUGGUAGUCACUUUCUUCACAACACUCAGAUAGGUCACAGCGUGUCUAAGGAUAUGAUUCCUCCGCACAUGCAACAUUGUUUUACUGUCGACGGCAGCAACUUAACGAUCAACUCGCUGUACAGCGAUAGUCCUAAUGAUCUCGUCCGGGAAGCAUCGUAUAAGAUCUUCCUCCAUCCAAACAAAGACCAGUCUGAGAUCCUAGAUCGACUAUUAGCUGGACGCCACGAGCUUGCCAACCUGGUUGAAUUCCCUACCUGGGCUCAUCGGGCCCUGAGGGGUACGAUGGCGGGUAGUCCAGAGAAUGUCAUGUCUUUCCUUACCUCAACAUCAGAGAAGCUUUUUGACAGGGUUGAAAAGGAGCUGGAUGAAUUGAGAAGAGUUAAAGCCAAGAACAAUCUUUCUUCGGCAGACAUAUUUGCCUGGGAUCCACCAUUUUACAUGGGGUUGACGAGAAGUGAGAGAUAUGCAAUCAGUCCCUCCGACUACACACCCUACUUCUCCCUCGGAGCAUGCAUGGAAGGUCUCCAAGUCCUAAUGGAUAAACUCUACAAUAUAGAACUUGAGAACGUUCCACCGGACAAUGGGGAGGUCUGGUAUCAGGAUGUGCUGAAACUGGAGGUAAAGCAUCGUAAGGAGGGGUUGCUGGGAUACAUCUACUGUGAUUUCUUCCAAAGACCCGGCAAGCCGCACCAAGAUUGUCACUUCACGAUACGUGGCGGAAGGUUACUUGAUGACAACUCAUACCAAUUGCCAAAGAUCGUACUCGCUUGCAGUCUACCAUCGUCAAGACCAGGAACCCUUCCAUUGCUAACACAUGGGAUGAUGGAAAAUCUGUUUCAUGAAUUUGGUCAUGCAAUCCACUCCAUGCUUGGAAGGACACGAUACCAACACGUAACGGGGACAAGAUGCUCCACAGAUUUUGCCGAGGUCCCUUCCAUCUUGAUGGAGUACUUUGCAAAUGACUACAGAGUAUUGCGAGAGUUUGCCAGACACCAUCGAACAGAUGAGACCCUUCCGGAGGAGAUGAUCAACCGCUUGUGUCAGUCCAAGAAGUUUGGAUCUGCGUAUGAGAUGCAGACCCAGGUCUUCUACUCUAUCUUGGACCAGGUCUACCAUGGGAACCACCCGUUAGACAAGCCUACUGUGGAUAUCUUACAAGAGAUCCAGAAACAACACUCUAGCAUUCCUUAUGUUCCCGGCACUGCUUGGCAUCUUCGGUUUGGUCACUUGGUAGGCUAUGGUGCUAAGUAUUACUCCUACCUAUAUUCCAGGGCAGUAGCAUCCCAGGUAUGGCAUAGAUGCUUUGCUGCCGAUCCUCUCAGCCGAGAGACGGGGGAAAAAUACAGAAGAGAGAUGCUGUCUCACGGUGGAGGGAAAGAACCAGCUCUCAUGGUUGAGAAUAUGAUAGGCAAACGGUUUUCAUCUGAAGAACUAGUUGAUGCCUUGAUUGAUGAGACUAAAUCAUGAUGAAGCCAUUGCUGCAAGACCUUCUCCUAAGACAAUCUGCCAGGAUAGAUCAAAGGCUCUUUCUACACCAUUAUUUCUUCUUGGGAGACAAAACUUUGUUUCACAAAAAAAUGUUUUGCUCUGAUCCCCAUCGUUGCAAUUGUGCGCAAUUAAUAGAAAAAACAGGAUUUUCAAAUUUGAAUUUGUGUUAAUUUCUUUUCCAAAUAAAAAAGAAGAAAUACAACAUGAUCGCUGAAUUACAAUGCAACUUUUUUUGUGAUCGGCCUCAAGACAGUGAAGAAAUAUUUCUACAAUAAUUCUGUAUCCAAACUUACCAAAGUGAUAGUCUUUCCUUUGGCAUUGUGACGUAAUGGCUUCCUUUCUGAAGGAAAGACUGACGAUCUUGAACUGAAAUCACAUAGACUAUCUACGGUAGCUAUUUUCACUAAAAUUUGAGAGGUGAGGUUUAUCGACUUAUCGGUGAUAUAUGGAUUGCAAUAAAAGAAUUUCGAAUGGAUAAUUAAAAUCUUGUUUGGUCAGCCUGGUCAUUGGCUGCAAUAUAAAACUGCUUUGCAGAGCUAUACCAAAUAGAAGGCAAAAGUAUUUAUUUGUUAAGAAGAGGUACAUGUAGGCCUAUAUAUUUGUGUGUAUGUGAUACGCAUUGUAUUUACAGAAUGCCUUAAAUUUAGAAUCUUAAGGUUUUUCAAAAGGAAAAUGCCAGUUUGUGGUAUUAAAAGUUUUUAUUUUGAAAUCUUUUAAACUGUUUAAUAUUACCAACUUGCUUAUUCUCUCUACAUUUAAAUUAAUCAAACUGAUACUAUGCUAUGGAAGCUUUUACUAAAUUUCAAAUUUUUGUAAUAUUUCUGACAUUACUGGUAAACUUCCUACUGUUUUGUUCUAAAAAAGUUCACAGUGCAAAUUAAUCAAACUUAAACUAUGCUUUGGAAGCUUUUAUUAAAUUGCCAUUUCUAUUUAUUUCUGACAUUACCGGUAAACUUCCUACCUUUUUGUUCUAAAAAAGUUCAAAGUGCAAAUUAAUCAAACUGAAACUAUGCUUUGGAAGCUUUUACUAAAUUGCCAAUUUUUUAAAUUUAUGACAUUAAACUUCCUUCCGUUUUGUUCUAAAAAAUUUCACAAUGCAAAUUAAUCAAACUGAAAGUAUGCUUUAGAUGAUUUUAUUAUAUUGCCAAUUUUUUUUUAAUUUCUGACCUUACCGGUAAACUUCCUACCUUUUUGUUCUAAAAAAGUUCACAGUGCAAAUUAAUCAGUAGGCACAGACAAUACUUCUCACUUUAACCAUCAUAAAGGAAACAUGUGGAUUUUGUCAAUGCAUUAUUUACUUACACAUAAUGUUCUGCCCGUCAUACAAGCCCUUUUGACUAGUGUGAUGAAAAAUUAAACACUAAAUGUUACUUGGUAUAGAUUGUGCUUGUACCAAGCUAAGGGCGGCUUCCCCAUGUCUUCUCAAUUGCCUGUCGCUUAGGCUCUGAAAAAAGUCUAGUAUGUGUACCUGCUCUCUGUAUGGAAGGGUAUACAAUACAUGGUCUAUGUGUCUCUGGGUUUGGUAUUUAUAAACCUGAAUUAGUCUGGGCCCCGUCUUACAAAGAGUUACAAUUGAUCCGAUCAAUCUCAAGUAUAUGGAAAUCCAUCAAUGUCAUAAUUUUUCUUUUGGAAACUUGUUCAAUGUCCUUUGAAAACAAAGAGAAGCAUACUGAAUUUUCAAGAAAACAGUGAAUGUAUGAAUAUACAUCAUUUCUAGAAUAUAUUUUGAACAAACAUGUAUUUUAGAUGUUGAUGUUGCUGGCUUUCCAGAGUUGUGAACUUGUGAUUGAUCCGAUCAAUUGUAACUCUUUGUAAGACGGGCCCCAGAUGUAAUAAAUUUACAUUAUUGACCAACCUCUGACUUAAUCCCUCCCAAAACGCAAUGAUUUUUAAUCAACAUUAUCUAGUUUGCUAUUCAGACUGCUACAGCAUAUUUCAACACUGACAACAAAAAUAGUGUAACCUCAUCAACUGAUCAUUUGAUGGUCCUGAUGACCUUGUUUUGAGUUUUCCUACUGUUGGAUAGUAUGAGUUUUGGUCAAUGCAGAAUAUUUUGCAAAUGUUUUUUACAUUUUUUUUUUUACAUAGUCCAAUUGAUGGUUCUAUUUCAUCUGUUUCACUUAAAAAAAAUCAUUUUUGCAAAGUAAGGUUUGCAAACUUGAUUUUAUACAGAACAGUGGGUCUCAAGUUACAUGCUCAGUAUCUAUUGACUGCGAUGGUGAUGUUACUUCUAAUGAUGAUGUUGAUGAUAAUGAUGAUGAUGUUGGUGGUGAUGAUGCCGUUGCUGAUGAUGAUGCUGAUGAUGCUGAUAUGAUGCUGGUAACCUAGGUUACCAUAUAUUAAUAUAAACUUUUAUGUAACGGACCCUAUCCAUACAGUAGGUUUCCUACUGAAUAUAGAAAUUUAAUUAUCACAGCAUACCUUGUGUUUGACACACAACAUCUUCCUGUUUAUUAAUAAAUGAUUAAAGAUGAAUGAAAGUAGUUGCAGUAAACACUGAUUUCACGAGAAAGUCUGUAAAACCAAGGAGAGUGAUAUCUCCUUGGUAAAACCAGGCUUAAUUGUCAUUAUAUCAUCGAGGAUCUAGAUCUGGUACAGUUACAGAAACUGAACUUUGUGAAAUCUUGAAAUCUACGCUUAAAAAUGUUCACACUGAAGAUCACCAACACAGAUAAGCGCACGUGGGACAGUGUAUUAUUAUUGAUUUGAAUGUUGGUCCGAAUCUUGACCCGAAUUGUGCUUGUUUGCUAAUUUCUCAGCAAUUACACAAUUUCUUCCAGAAUCCUUUGGCACAUAUUUUUUAUUUAUACAAACAGACACUUUGGUGGUCAUUUCUUUGGAUUCUGUACGAACUCAUUUUGAAAUCGUUACCACAACUGGCAGAGAUGCCUGUCUUUAGUAGGCUUUUGCCUGAUUUUAGGCCCAAACAACUUCUCAUUUUAUGCUCUUUUUGGGGGGGCCUCAUAUUGUACAAGGGCUAUAUGUUCAGUUGGGUGUUGUUCAUAAGUUACAAGAGACUUUACCAAUGACUGGUGAUCCCUUCUGAUCAUCGCCAAUGAAAAUUUGGUGCACAUAAUUUACCACAAGAAAAAGGUCACCAAUCGUAAGUAAAGUCACUCGUUACUCAGGAACAGCUUUAUGAAACACCCACCCAUUUCAUAAAGCUGUUCUUAAGUUAAGAGCGACUUUAAGAAUGACUGGUGAUCCUUUCUUACGCGCUAAAAUAUCGCCUAUGAAUAUACCAUUUACCACAAGAAAGGAUCACCAGUCGUUCUUAAAGUCGCUCUUAACUUACGAACAGCUUUAUGAAACACCCACCUGGAUUCUUUGCAGGACCAUUGAGUAAAUCUGACAGGCAUCCUUGCUGACAUCUUGAAUAUUUGUUCUGUGGAAUAUGAAAAUAUUUUUGACAUGUACACCAAUAAAUGAAGCAAUAUAUUCAUUUAA